CAAGGGUGACUACAAGUUAUGAUUCAAUGUAGCUGGUCUUCUUCCGUAUUCUGGCAUUUCAAAUUCAUUUCGGUAAACAUUCAUCUCUUCUUGGUAUUUGUAUUCAAAACUAUUACUGUUUAACCCUGAUCUAGUGCGUGACAACAAAGCCUGCAGGUGCCAAAACUGUUAAAGUAAUGACUUUCUUCAUACUCUUUAAAGAAUAGCUCUAACUUUUUUAGUUUAUUCUCAACAGCUGGCGUUGUAUUUUUUCAGCAAGGAGUGCUCUCAACAAACAUAUCUCUUCAACAGUAAAAAUCGUUGUUAAAAGAGCUGAAAAAAACUCUUCAGAUGUCUAAACUGCGUGUGACAAAGAGUAUUUGCACUGUUCGCAAAUAUGCCAUAUUUUCAUUAGGCAAAUAAUACCGAUUCCAAUUAAUUAGAAUAUGAAAGCCUUUGCUAUUCCUCCAAGUUACUCCACACGCAGCUACCGGUUCCGCGACACAGCUUGAAAUCCAAAAACAGAGAGCUCCACGCUUAGUCUACUACCUUCUUAAACGAUAAAGACAAAAAAGAACAUUUAACGAGUGAUUUAAAAGAAAAAAAAAACAAGAACAAAUUUUCAUUGGAACAGCCAUGGCUUUCAACAGUACUGGAGAUUGGACUUUACCAAGCGUGRUAGUCAUGGGCUGCUGGCUUACAAUCAUCAUCUUGAUCGGUGUGUUUGGGAAUAUCCUCGUUAUCAUUGUCAGUGUACAAGGAACAAGAGUCAGGACACGAGGCAAGAGUUUAAUAGUCUCCAUGGCUUGUGCUGACAUGCUGGAGUCUCUGAACAUGGUUUUYAUGUUGAUUACCAUCUCGACGCAUGGUCGGUGGGUUUUCGGGGAAGACUUGUGUACAAUGCACGGUUUUGUCUCGGUUCUCUUCAUCGUUGCUUCAAUGUACAGUCUUAUGACAAUAAGCAUCAAUCGUUACUUUAUGGUUGUGAAGACCAAUCAAUACAAAAAGGUGUUUAACACACCUAACUUAAUCAUAAUGAUUUUAUUGAUCUGGGUCUCGUCUUUCCUCCUCGCUCUACCACCUCUUCUGGGUUGGUCCAAAUAUGUCUUCCAAUCGAACAAAGCGACUUGUAUGUUCUAUUUUAGYACUUCCAUGUCCUAUUCCAUCUUGCUCAUAGGGAUGUCAGUUCCUGGUCCUUUGGUUGUCAUUAUAUUUUGCUCAUACAAGAUCUUUCUCCAAGUCAGGCAUCAUCAAAAUCAAGUUCACUCAAUGGGCGCAGGCGGCAAUGUCAAUGUCGAAGAAAUACGAAUUACAAAGACUCUUUUCAUCAUCAUAAUGGCKUACUUGAUUUGCUUUAUUCCACCGGCCUGUAGCAACUUCGUUGAAAUGGCUCUUCCAACUCAUAAAAUUCCAUUUUGGGUUGACGUCGGGUGCAUGACGCUUCUUUUCACUAACCACGCAAAUAACCCUGUUAUUUAUGGUUUCUUCAACCGCCAAUAUCGGCGUGCUUUUAAAAAAUUGUUUUUUGAUUUGGUGCCACUUGGAAACUGGAGCAGUUUUGAGUCAACUGCUAUAAAAACUGAUACAAUGCAUAGCGGUAUCGUGAGCGCCGUGAGAAACAUUAACCGCAACAAGAACGAUAAUAUAGAGAGAACGAAUGAUAUUCUAAUGAAAUAGAAAAGAUAAAUGACAGCAUAUUAGAAAAGCCAUUACUUWGGACUUUUUUUUGUUUUUAGAGAUUCUAUGUCAAUAGCCUCAGCGUGGAAGAUUUUUCUCAAUUAAUCAUAGYGUCAAAAUGUUUGUAYAAUUGUACAAACUACUACUCAAAAAGAGUAAUUUUGAAGAUGAAAUAAGUCUCCUAGAUGGUGGCAGUACUGAGCAAACACAUCCCACGUUAAAAGCAAAAAAAAAAAAAAAAAAAUGGUAGAAUAUUGAAAAGCACAUACAACCGCCGGAUUGAUUUUGUUGUUUUCCAUUGUUAGGUUGAAUAAUUAAGUAAGAUUUUAAAAAUGAUCUAUUUUGCAAUAUCCUAACUCAAUCAAUUCCUGUUUUUUUUUUUCGCAGAAAAAUAUUCAUGUUCCUCUCUGAAUUACUCAGCCAUUGAUUAGUGGAUUGCGUUUAGCAGCAGGUUUUCAAUGUGUUGAUGUUUGAUGGAGCUAAAAUAAUUAUAAAGUAAUUGUCAAAAACUUAAUAGUGAAAUAAAAAUUCAUCAACAGCAGCAUAAUCGUUAUAUUUCCACUUGUUUUAAUAUCGUCGAAAAUUGCAUUYAAAUCUGUUUAUUUCUGACCUUGUUCUUAAGUGUAUAUUUGUUAAUUUUUAUUACUGUUUGCUAUUUUCUUUUUUAAAUUGAAAAAACGUGGCUGAAGACAGGUGUAAUUAGAUCGUUGUGCAUUGUGUAUAGAUAGCAUGUAUAUGUUAUUAUAAUUUUGACGCUAAGGCCAUUCGACUUUAUCUUGGGGCGUUAUAGUUAUUUUAAUUUCUUUUUUGAUCAUGCCAAGUAUUUACAAAUAUCAUUUAUUUGCCGUAUGCGUUUGUCUUAUCUAUUGCAAAUCUAGUUAAAUAAGUUUWUGUUAAAAUAUUGUAGGUUGCAAUAAAGUCGUUACGCAAAUGUAAUUACGAUAUUAUUGACUCAUGAAUUGAAUUUAAAUGAAAAGUUUUCUUCUCGAAUACUGUGUAGCAUUAAGACGUGCUCUCUYAAAAUUCGUCAAGUGCUAUUUGCUCGACCUUAAAAUAGUUUUUAAGAGUUCUAAGUGCUAAGCGUUUUCGUGACACAAUUGUUUAACCAAUUAGAGCAGAGCUUCCGCCCUACUCUCCUCAACUGRCAGCAAUUACUUACCAGAGAGAACCUUCUAGACCCACUUAAAGGCUUCGGUGCCACCUUUUAUUGGAAAGCCUGGCAGGGUUAAGUGAAUUAUCGUGAUUGAUUUACUAUAUUUUCUUCUUCAGUUUGUUAUGGAACUUUAGAAUCAUAGAAUAGACAAAAAAAGUAUAAGAAAAAAAAGCAAUUGUUAUUGUUUUAUAAUGAA